AUGGAGAAUGAUCUCAACACUGAGUCAUCAUCUGUCUUUCCUCUUCAGAGUUCGUCAGAGACAUUGUUUUCCAUUCAACUGCUAGAUUUCAAAACAAGCUUCCUGGAAGCAUUAGAAGAAUUGCGUAUGAGAAGGGAAGCAGAGACUCAAUAUGAAGAACAAAUUGGCAAAAUUAUUGUGGAAAUACAAGAACUCAAAUGGCAAAAGGAAUCUCUUCAGAAUCAGAAGGAAACAUUAGUAAAGCAACACAAGGAAGCAAUGGCAAUUUUUAAAAAGCAGUUUCAAAUGAAGAUGUGUGCCUUGGAAGAAGAAAAGGGAAGAUUUCAACUUGCUACAGAAAUAAAAGAAAAAGAAAUAGAAGGAUUGAAGGAGACAUUAAAAACAUUGCAGGUUUCUAAAUAUUCUUUACAGAAGAAAGUGAGUGAAAUGGAACAAAAGGUUCAGUUACAUCUUUUGGCUAAAGAAGAUUAUCAUAAGCAACUGAAUGAAAUUGAGAAAUACUAUACUGCAAUAACAGGUCAAUUUGGAUUGGUAAAGGAGAAUCAUGAAAAGUUGGAACAAAAUGUACAGGAAGCAAUACAAGUAAAUAAAAGACUUUCAGCUUUAAAUAAAAAACAGGAGUCUGAAAUAUGCAGUUUAAAAAAGGAACUUAAAAGAGUAUCCUCAGACUUGAUAAAGUCCAAGGUCACAUGUCAAUAUAAGAUGGAAGAAGAAAAGAUCAACCUAACAAUUAAAGAGCAAAAGUUUGAAGAACUGGAAGAACGACUGAACAUGGAAUUAGAAUUAAAUAAGAAGAUUAAUGAAGAGAUUACCUACAUUCAAGAAGAAAAACAGGGUAUCAUCAUUUCUUUCCAACAUAUGCAGCAGUUACUUCAGCAACAAAUUCAAGCUAAUACUGAAAUUGAAGCAGAAUUUAAGAUGCUUAAAGAAAAUAACCAGACCCUUGAAAGAGAUAAUGAGCUGCAAAGGGAGAAGGUAAAAGAAAAUGAAGAAAAGUUCCUUAAUCUUCAAAAUGAGCAUGAAAAAGCACUAGGAACUUGGAAGAGACAUGUUGAAGAACUUACUGAAGAAAUUAAUGAGGUCAAAAAUGAAUUAUCAUUACUUAAAGAAACUCAUAUUAAGCUACAAGAACAUCACAACAAAUUUUGUGAACAGAGAAAGUUUGAGAAAGACAAGAAGUUUCAGAAUGCUCCAGAAGUAAAUAAUGAAAACUGUGAAAUGCUAACUGAAACAUCAGAAAACACCAUCAUACAGAAAUAUAAUUUUGAGCAAGAAAAAAGGGAAGAAAAUACUGAGAGUUUUUGUUCAGAUGCUGGUAACAAAGAAACACAGCAGGAAAAGAAAAAAUGCCUGCCGAUAGAAGAAACUAUCACAAAAGAUUUACAACUUUUUGAGAAAAACUUCAAGAAAAUUGAUGCAGCAGUGUCUCAGGAUGAAACUCCAAGUGAAAUCUCCUUAACCAACACUCUCUACAUAGAUAAAAAAGUAAUUAGUCUAGACAAAACCUUGAAUGUUACUGACUGUAGAAAAUCAGUUACUACAGAACUAAAAGACAAGAUGUGCUUGGAAAAAGACAAUGUUUGUACAGAAGAUAAGUUGCUAAAUAAUCCUUCAUUAGUGGUAGAUCCUGCAGAAGAAACAGAAAAGGUACACCUAGAAAUAGCUGACCUUGCCCAUGCAGAUGCACAUCUGGAGGCUGAAAAGAACAGAACGUUAUUUAAUAGUAUUUUAAAUGACAUGGUUCACAAUACAAGUCAGAAUAAAGAUGGUUCUGAAAGUGAACCAUUCAAACAGUUCAGAUUGCUUCUGGGAACUGAAGAAAAUGCUACAAAGAAUGAAAUUACUAAUAGUGACCAGACCAAAGCAGCUUUAGAUUCAUUUCUAGAUGUAAAAAAUAAUUCUGUUCACUGUCAGAAAUACAGUUUUCAAGAUUCAAGUAGCGUUACGUCAGAUGAUAAACGAUGUAAAAUACAACAAAUACAACUGUUAAAGGAAAACAGUGAGUACAGCAUAUUGCCUUUUAAACAAACUUCAUAUUUUCAGCCAGUCUGUAGUGAUAACCCAGAGAUACCUGAAUUAACUGUUCCCUGUGAUACAGUAAUCAACCACCCCAUUUCAUCUGCCGCUUUCCUUGAUAAUUUGAAAGUACCUCCUAAGAAUUCAGACAAAAAUAUUAAUAUGAUGCCUGUGUUGGUUAAACCAAAUGCAGGCCCUGAGCAAGGAACUAUGUGGAGAAGUAUGGGUGAUAUGAAAAACAGUCAACUAAAGAACUGCUUGGAAUAUCUAGAAAACAGUCAUGUGACCAUUUCUCAUCUUCAGGUCAACGAUGACAGUAGUUCACAAACCGGAGAUGUGAAAACUGAUGCUCACAGGAAAACUUCCACAGAAACACAGUUUCUCAAUAGGCAGAUUGAUGAGAAUCAGAUAACUGAAGCCACAAAACCCGCCCACUUCCUUUUUGUGAAUGUUAAUGAAAGGCAGCACACACUGUUAAAUAACACAGAAAAAACAGAGUCAUUAAAUGACAUCGUUUCAGGAAGAAUGUACAGUGAAGGACAGCUGGAAGAAUCCCAUUCAUUUCCCAUAAAGCCAUCUGGAGAUUUAGUAAACACAAGUGGAAGGUCAGCCUUUGAUCUUCCAACUUCAGAUAAAAAACCUGAGAAAACACCAGUAUACACGAAUUUUUUAAAUCCUAGUCCUUGGUCCAAAGUAAAUCAAAUUGAAAGUCAAACAGUGAGCACUUCAACAGCUAGCAUUCCUGUUUUACUGAAGGAGAGACCAGUAGGUCCAUCAGAACACAAAAAGAUCAUUUUAGUGACUCCUGGGAAAAAUGUGGAUGAUAUUAAAAAGGAUAUAGAACCAGAUACUACCAGCAUGAACAGAGUUGCUGACACUUUGAAUAACUGGAGUAUCCAUCCAGAUCCCAAGGGAGGACCCAGUGAAGAGAGGAAUGCAAUCGCAAAGACUUUUUAUGAUUCUUCUUUUCCCACAGAACAUGUGAACACAAAGCCUCUGAGCUCAGCUCCGCUACUAAGCCAUUUGCAGGCAAUCGAGAGUAAAGACGCCACUGACUUAGCUGCUGCUUCUGGUGAAGAGAAGUGGCAGAGCCUGGUAACAAAUCAAAUCAAUGAAAUUGAGAAGUUCCUUGGCUUAGAAAAUGACCGUCAGCCUAAAAAAAGAAAAGCAGAAGACCUGAUAGAAAUUACAACAGAUUAAAAUAAUGCUGGUAAGGCUUCCAGUGGCGACGUGCUGUAGUAACAAAUCUG